AUGCUAAAAAUGCGUCUUAAUUAACGUUUGAAGGUUUCAGUCCCCAUGUUCCCUCGCCUGCAGGUUCAGUCGUUUCACACGGGCAGUGGUGCAGCGUCUGUCCCACUGACUGUGAUAGUUGUGUCAGUCAGCGCAAGUGAAGACUUGUCGUUAUCGGCAGGAGGUAAGAGCUGGACGGCGCCGAGUCAAAGUGCUUGGAACAUGGGGGAAUAGUGCGCCACGGAGCUCGACAGCGUCGACUGACUUCAGCCAGCCUCACAUACCACAUGUAUAAAGCAGAGGGCCUGUUCUUUGAGCAGCAGGGGGAGGGCCCCAUCCAACCAGCUGAACUACAGCUUUUGUCCACUUCUGCUUCUCUGAGGAAGUGAGAAGGCACAUGACCUGGGCCAGCUGAUGGACAGACCACAGUUGCGGAAGACAGUUGACAACAACACAACACUGAUGACAGUGUGAGGACACUGAGCGAGGGAACUCCCAGAUGGCUCUCACACAAGUACAGGACCAGACUGGUAAAGGGGAGAGGAUCAAUAAGGAAACUGGAGAGCUGAGUGCCUCAGGGGAGCUGUCGGUCUCUGUGGAUUUAAAGGAGCUGAAGGUAGAGGGCUCUUGUAGGAACCCCCAACUCCCACAAGAGCUCAGAGAACAACUACAGGAACUGGGAAUUUACACAUGCUCCAGCCCUGACCACACGUCUGAACAGGUUCCUUUAGAGCAAAGAGAGGAGCUUCUAGUCAAAGUCCUACCGCUCUACAUACAGGUCAGUGAGGAUGGUGGCAAACUUGAAGGUUUGGACGUGAAGGGGCUUGCAGCUCUCACAGCCGACACUGUCAUCCUCAACAUCAACAGCAGACUGGCAGAAAGGCCUGCAGAGGGGGCUCGUGAGGAGGUGGUGCGGUUCUUCCAGAGGCUGGAUGAGGACAGAAAGUGUGGCACAGGAGAAAGUCCAGGGUGGCUGCUCUUAAAGUCCCUUCUGCUGCUGACAGCUGACAGCUCAGAUAUUUUGUCCUGUGUAACUCCAGGGCUCCCCGUUGCUUUGGUGAAAUGUAUGUACCUGCUAGUGUGCCUUCCAGCUAAAAAGGAGAACACGGACAUAGAAGAGACCUUUCAGGAGCCACUGACACAGGUUCUCCUGCAGCUCUGUAGGCAGCCAGUCAAUGUGGAGAGACUGGUGGAGACUCAGGAACUACAGUGUCUCAUCAUUGGCCUCACAUCACUAUGGGAUCAGACCAGCGCCCCCUGGAGGCACCAGGCCUCCUGCAUCCUCAAGGCAGUCUCUGCUGCAGCGACAAGCAACACUGUCCCGAGCAUGCUAGGCAAGAACUGUGUGCGUAUCUGCAUCCAGAACCUGUUGCAUAUCAGUGCUGACGUCUCAGGACCGCUGCUGGCCGAAGUGGCUGUGGCUGUGUUUAGCUUCAUCAGAGACACCUAUGACCUCAAUGCAGCCCUCUUCGUCGAGUUUGACACAAACGGCGGCUACCAGGCCCUUGAGAACGUCCUAAAACGCUGUGAGGAAGGCGUGUCCGCGGAUCAUUUUCAGCCUGUGGAGGAGUUGCUGACUCUCAUUGCAUCUUUCACCCUGCUUGGAAAAACAGAGCUGAAAGUGGCUCUAUGUGUCACCAAUCCCCAGCCUGCAAGCUUCAAGUUUGAUCCACCACUUACCAAAGGCUCAGCAGUAAAGAACCUCCAGGCCUUCCACCUCUUGCAGGCCUCCCUGCUGCGUUCCCACGAUUCUCUGCUGGGCUGCCAGCUUCUUCGCACCCUGCAGAUGAUAUGGGAGAGGGAUCCGGCCAAUUUCUUCCUCUUGGAGUGGACUGUCCAGUCGAUGGCCCAGGUGGCUACCUGUGUCUGGCAAAAACCAGCACCUGUCCAAAAGCGAUUCUUUUCAUUGCUGGAGAUGGUGGUAUUCAAGUUUAACUACAUCCCCCAUGAGACCUUGCGUGCACUGUUGGGUGUGCUGAAGCAGAUUUGGGCUGGGACACUGGCUGGAGGGGUGGUGGGGAUAGAGUUUGGAGUGGUGGCUCUUAAAUGUUUUCACAGAAUGACCGUGCACAGUGGCAUGCUAGCGGAGGUGCUGAGUGACUGGGGUCUUCUGGAGCUGCUGCUCGGGGAGCUUCGUAGGAGAGCGAAGAUCCUCAGGAAGGCUGGAGUUGUCUCCUCCUCUCAAAUAAAUCACCAGAACCUGCCGUCUGUGGAAGACAGUGAGAGACUGCUCACUACCUGUAUGCUUCAAGUUGUGUCAACCCUUACUUUGCGUUCAAUUAAAAACACAGUUUCCGUGCGAGACCUUGGUAUGGUUCCCUACAUAAAGAUCUUCUUGGAUGAGGACCAGUAUCGAGCUCCCACUUUGAGCAUUUUGGAGCAGCUAGCUGAGAUUAACCCAGAGGAGUUCAUGAGUACAGCCAUAGGAGCCAUCUGCUCCUCAACACAGCAGGAACUUCGGUUGAAGUGGGACCUUUUGCAGUCGGUGCUGAAGGUACUGGAGAACCCCAACAGUUGGGACGCCUUCAGGAGAGCAGGGGGCUUCACAGGACUGCUGUCUCUGGUGAUCGACAUGGAAGGAGCUCUGUCCGACCCUCCACAAGGAGAAGUGUGGAAGUCCUUGGAGCAUCAGCCGCUGCUGGACCUACUCCUCCUUGCUCUGCACAUCAUGGCGUUGGCUGUGCAUCUUCACACAGUCAAUGCACACCAUUUUGAAACUGGCGGCUUUUACGAAAGGCUGGCAGAUGCCCUGCUCCAGCUCGGCUGCUUCCACACCGAAAGCCACGAGGCUGAGAAGUGGAAUGGAGAGGAGGGUUUCUGUCCCAAGACUGCCGUGGACAACCAGUCUCCUGGAAAGAGCUUCCACCAGUUUGUUGAGUUGGCAGAGGCUGCUGAAGCUUCCUCCUCUUCCUCCACCACGCUGCAGCACAAUCUGCCUGUUACUCUUCGGACAUGUAUAAAGCUGCUCUCCUAUCUUGACCAGUUUGCCGCAGGGGCUUACUCUUCUCAGGAGUUAAACUUGGGACUAGAGCCCGAGGACGGGUCUGAUACAGAUAAAGAGAAAUUAAAUGGACCAGCGGGACAUGAAGGAGUGUGUUCUGGGUCCCCUCCCCUCAGCUCUGGAUCAGGCCCACAGUCAGUACCGGACACACAGGGAGGAUACAGAAGCACAGCACCUAGUAUUUCGACAGUCUGCUCAGAGUCUCCGCACAGUAGGUUCACAUGUGAUCAUGUUAUUCUUCAUCCAGGAGCAAUCCGAGUUAUAAUGACUCUCCUUCCAGCGGUGUUUACUCCAACGGACCCCCAGCUCUCUAUGGAGGUCCAGUUUUCACUGGCACACCGAGUCCAGGCCAUGGUCAAACCUGAGCGAAACCGCCAGAUAUUGUGCGAGGGUGGGCUGGUAUCCACACUCCUGGCCCACUGUCAGAGCAUGUUGCUGACUCCAAACCACCCUUUGCAUAUACCCAUCACACGUAUCUUGGAAAAGCUCUCCUCCCAGUCCAUCACACAUUCAGACUUCAGAAAGUUCUUGUGUUUAGGAGAUCCUCUUAUGUGCCUGGCAGACAAAACAGCAAUGCAGUCACCACCAGUUCCCGCAUCAAAUGGUACAGAGUGCGACCCCCCUGCGGGAUCUUCGGUGAAGACCCUGAAGCGGACCUUCAGCUUGUUAAAGUCCGCAGCUCUCUGUGAAUCCUCUGUUGGCUCUGCAAUCCCUGUCCAUCAGAUUAUUAAUCUGGUUUCCAUGACGUCACCUCGCACCUACAGACCGCACCGGGUGUCCUCCUCACCGGCCUUCGUAGAGUUUGACAUGAGUGAGAGUGGAUAUGGCUGCCUUUUCCUGCCUUCCCUGGCUACAGUGAAAGGAGUGACUGCUGAUUCAAUCUCAACAGGCGGAAUUGGAGGAGACUGCCGGGGUUUCCCCCCUGCAGCUGGUCUCUCAUUUUCCUGCUGGUUCCAGAUCAACAGGUUCAGUUCAGCCUGUGAUUCACACCCAAUCCGUCUCUUGUCGGUGGUUCGCCACAUGUCGCGGACUGAACAACAGUACAUCUGCCUGUCAAUCUCCUUCUCAGCCUACGAUGGCUGUCUGGUCAUCUCCACGGAGGAGGAGGCAUUUACAUACCUGGACAUGAUGGAGCCAGAAGUUUGCACUCCCACUUCUCUGCCUGCAUCGCUGAGGCUGCGCUGCUCCAGCAUGCUGGUCCCAGGUCAGUGGCACCACCUGGCUGUGGUCAUGGCCAAGGACGUGAAGAAGAGCUGUCUGAUCACCGCCUACUUCAACGGCAAGGCGCUGGGCACAGGAAAGAUGAAGUAUAUACAGCCCUUCCCUGGUCAGUAUAUCUCCAUGGACCCGACAGCUGUGAUUGAUGUGUGCGGACUGAUAGGAACACCACCUCUCUGGAAGCAGCAUGCUGCUCUUGUGUGGCGAGUGGGUCCCUCUUACCUUUUUGAAGAGGCUCUGAGCUCUGAGGCAAUGGGUCACAUAUACACACAAGGCACUGCCUACCUUGGAAACUUCCAGGCUCUGCGCAAUCCAGGCCAUACACCAGAUGCAGAGUCUCUUCCUCUCAGGCUGGUUCCUGAGGAGAGGAUCUCAUUUGGUAUCAACCCAGCAAUCUCUACACUAACAACUGUUGUGCAGAUCAGAGAGAAUUACAACGAGGUGGACUGCAGACUGAUCGCUAAAGAGAUGGGGAUAACGUCGCGCGAUCACUCCACGCCCGUGUUCCUUGCUCGAAACAUUAGCCAGCACCUGAGUGGUACAGCUCGCACGAUUGGAGCAGCGCUGGUGGGACAUUUUGGUGUGCGUAUGUUCAGUCCCAGCAGUGCAUCCAAUGGUUUCCUCUGUGUUGGUGGGCCCACGGUUGUUCUCAGUCUGGUUGCAAUGGCUCCAGAUGACGGCUCUUUGUAUGCAGCUGUUAAAGUUCUUGCUUCUGUGCUGGAGACCAACUGUGCCAUGCAAGAGGAAAUGAACCGCAUCAACGGAUAUAAGCUGUUAGCUUUCCUGCUGAAGAUGAAGAGAAGUCUUGUCAGCCACAGAACCCUUCAGUUGGUUCUGUAUCUCUCGAGUUCUGUGGACCUGAACUCUGGCUCUGGUUGCCUAAAAAACACACCGGCUUUCCAAGCUCUGCUGUGUGACCUCGAGGUGUGGCAGAACACAUCAGAGAAUCUGGACCUUUCUGUUCUAAACCACUUCACUGAAAUCCUGAAAUCCUCAAGUGAUGGCAGGAAUGCAGCAGUCAUGCACACUAUAGGCCUGCUACCAAAGCUGCUAUUCCAGCUUUCUGAUUCCACUGUGACUUUUAAGAAGGUUAAGAUCAUUUCCUGUGUCAUCACAUCCCUGCUCAAAGCUCACUUCACCCCCCUGGACAUGUGCAGACUUGGGCUCUUUCUCGUGUACACACUCCCUCCUCUUAGUGACCUGACUGAAGGGAAAGAAAUAUCUGACAGCAAUCUUUCACAGGAUACACCAGCUCAGAGUUCUUGUCCGGCAAGCCUCAUCUGGAUUCGCAACCAGCUUUUACUUGCACUUUUUGAAAUCCUCAACUCAGACAGCCUCCUAAACAAUGAUCAACAGAAGACAGCGUUUGAUUCCCUUGGCAGCGAUUGGUUUCUGCUCUUCCUUCAGCCCCACCUUCACCCUUCUACCUUGAAACUGGGUCUCAUGCUGCUAACUCACUUUCUGUCCAAUCGGGACCAGCAGGACAGCUUCAGGGAGGGUGUGGUCCCAGGAACACUUAUUGAUGGCAUGGAGGAACCCGUUGCUGUCAUGGACAACCUUCGAGCCCAUUCUUGGUCUUAUGAGUGCCCCAACACUGCGUGUCGAGGCUUUGAUGUUCUGCAGGAGCUGCUGACCAGACACACUCACCUGCCUCAGGUCUAUGAAGCUCUGGCAGCUUUGCUGCUGGGGAAAGACAACAUUGACGCUGCGGAUGGAAAGGUGCAUUUGGAUGAUAUCCUACAGUCACUGAUCGACAGCCAAGCAGACACUCCUGCUCAGCAGCUCUGUGUUGAAGCUGCUACAAUACUGCUGGAAUUAGUCAAACUCGUCAUUACACGGCCUAUCCCUCCAAAGAAGGACACACCAGGCACUGAUGCAUCCUGGGAGCUGAAGCUUCCAGCAAGUUUGAUGCAGUUCCUUUGUCUUAUCCAUAGCCUUCAGCCCAGAGACCCACUGUGGUCGUCUCCAGACUUCCUCUAUGCACUCGCUGGAGUUGUGUAUCCUCUGGACAGUUCAGAGACUGUCGCUGAGCCUUGUUUGAUGAGUGAUGGUGAGGAAACAUUCAAGAGUUAUCAAACCACGAAGCCAGUGUGCGACUUCAUCCGAAUACUGCUAAUGGACAAUCUGAUUAAUAUUUCGGCCAACGCCAGCACAUAUCCUCCUUUUCUGCUGCUGGAGUUUUCCCCUGAUGGUGCAUCGCUGGAACAGAGGCAGAGUUUCCAGACUGAGCUGCUGGAGUUGAUGAUGGACAUCAUCCGCAUGCUCAGCCAGGUGGAGGAAAACAACACUCAUCUCAACUCACAAGACUCCAAUCAGAGGCCUGAAGGACACAGGAGCACGUUGGUGGAGAACGUGGUUCUGUUUAGUAAGACUCUGCUGCAGAAACUUUACAGUGGAACCUUCUUGGGAGACUCUGAGAGUUUGCUCAACUUCCUCGCAGAUCAGAUCGUGGUGGCUCUGGAGAAAGGCCAAUCUCAGAAAGAGAAGACGGUGUCAGCCCUCUACUCGUGCACCAAUGAAGUUGUGCUUCAUUUCUUGUCUCAACCGCGCCAUUCCAAAGAAGAAAAGCAAGGUGUCAUUCGGGCCUUACAGACCUUCAUGGAACGCUGGGAUGUUGUCAUGGCAACUUACAACGCAAAUGUGAACUUCAUCACAUGCCUUCUUCAUUGUCUGUUACUGAUACGAUCUGGCAGCUACCCGGAAGGUUUUGGAUGUCUGGUGCAAAAAGUGCACAAUAGGACGGCGUCAUCCCGCCUGUUUCCUACCAAAGCCAGACCUUCUGCAUACCUCAGCAACAAAGCCGACAGCCCCACAGGUAUGAUGGCCAGGGUGCGAGAUGACGGAGAACUAGUGUCGUUGGCGGAGACCUGCUGGUCAAAGGUCAUGGCGGAGAGGCAACACACGCUUGAAGAAACCUAUAAGAUUGAGAUCUCAGCUACACACAGAGCGGAGAUUGGGUCUGUCAGCAUGGCUGAUAUCAGUCCCCUCUGGGAGGAGAUGGCACAUAAAGCCUGGCUGCUACACACAGAGUCUCAGAAGAAGAGGGUGGCCAGCAGCUCUCAGAGGAAGUUUGAUAUGAUCAGCAGUGCUGUUCGCUCAGCUCUGGGCAGACCAAGCAAAGAGUCAGUAACAGUACAGGAGUUUCUGUCCUGGUUGGAGUCACAUCGACACAGGGGCCACUGCAUGUUUGAAAAUAUGAGAACAAACCACUUACAGUUGCAAGCCAGCGAGUGGGAGCGAGUGAGCUCUAAGUGGCUGCGUGUGGAAGCCGAGUUGCUGAGGGAGAGAGCUUUAUUUGGACCUGGCCCAGGGGUGCUGCUUCGCCGAGACUGGGUGCAAGAUGCUGCUGAAGGACCCAACCGGACCAGAUCGCGCAUCCGCAGAAAGACUCUGAGACGAUCCAGACGGGUGCUAGACACACUGUGUCUCGGUUUAAGGACUGGCACAUCUGAGGAGAACAAAAAUCAAACAGAUGGUGACACAGAGCCCAAGAUCUUGUUUGAAGUUGGCGCUGAAGCAAAGGAGGAUGGAGCGGAGGGGGGGCAGGAUUGUCUGACCUUCUUCCCUGUUCUAAAUGAGACACCUGCUGUCACAGAGAGUCCAACUGAGCCCUUAACCCUGGAGCCCUGCUCCCAUACUCAAGACUGCCCCGACAUACGCAUAAUCCUGCAGGAGUUGCACCCCGGAGAGGAGGUAAAGGCGAAAAUGUACGUAGUGAUGGUGAGUGGCCUCAGAGUGACAGAGGGGGUGCUGCUGUUUGGUAAAGAAAGUCUGCUCUUGUGCGAAGGAUUCACUCUCAGUCCUUCUGGAGAUGUUUGUUGCAGGAAACACCAUCCCAGCAGCGUGAGGGAUUCCUUCAUCUCCACCAUGCUGAGUAAAGAUCUGCCACCGGCCAGCUGCAGACGCUGGCUCUAUGAGGAGAUCAAGGAGGCCCGCUUCAUGCGUUUCCUUUUAGAGGACAACGCCAUCGAGGUCUUUAUGAAAAACGGACACUCAGCCUUCCUGGUGUUCCUGAACAAAGACCACGUCUCUGCAUAUAAAAGGUUGAGUACAGUAGUAUCUGCAUUAAAAGGCAGAGGAGUUGCGGAGAUCAUUGCUAAUGCCAGAAAGACUCCUGUAGUUGAAAAGGCAGCCCUUGUUAAAUGGCAGAAAGGGGAAAUAAGUAACUUUGAGUACUUGAUGCAUCUGAACACCAUCGCUGGGAGGACCUACAAUGACCUGAUGCAGUAUCCAGUGUUCCCCUGGAUCCUGGCCGACUACCAUUCAGAGACACUUGAUCUGUCAAAUCCUGCCACUUUCCGUGAUCUUUCUAAGCCAAUGGGAGCUCAGACAGAGAAAAGGAAACAAAUGUUUAUCCAGAGAUUCGACGAAGUGGAGAACAGCAGGGGUGAAGGAGAUUUGGCGGCACGAUGCCACUACUGUACCCACUACUCCUCAGCAAUCAUCGUGGCCUCCUUCCUCGUGAGGAUAGAGCCGUUUUCACACACCUUCCAGGCACUGCAGGGAGGUUUUGACAUCCCCGAGCGGAUGUUUUACAGCGUCAAGAAGGAGUGGGAGUCGGCCUCCAGAGACAACAUGGGCGACGUCAGAGAGUUGAUCCCGGAGUUCUUCUACCUGUCUGACUUCCUGCUCAACUCCAACAACAUGCCCCUGGGCUGUAUGGAGGACGGCACUGCUUUGGGAGAUGUCGAGCUGCCUCCAUGGGCGAAAGGUGACCCCCAGGAGUUCAUUAGAGUCCACCGUGAGGCUUUGGAAAGUGACUACGUGAGUGCCCACCUCCACCAGUGGAUCGACCUCAUAUUUGGGUUUCGGCAACAAGGUCCAGCUGCUGUAGAAAGUGUCAACACGUUCCAUCCUUACUUCUACGCCCAGAGAGGGCGGCAGAAUCCCAAGGACCCUCUCAUACGGAGCACAAUCUUAGGAUAUGUCAGCAACUUUGGUCAGGUUCCCAAACAGCUUUUCACCAAACCACAUCCACCUCGCUGUGGCUCAAAAAAAGACGGAGUGUCACCGCCCCAUCCAACCCCAUUUUUCUACAGACUGGACAAACUGAAGACCACUGCACAGCCAUUCAGAGGUAGAGCUGGACAACACACGAGACAUCAAACUAAGCUGCAGAGAGGCCCAGUGGGUCAAAUACUGUGCCUGGAAAAAGAGGUCCUGGUGCUGGAGAGAAACCAUCUCCUCCUGUCGCAUCUUUCGACCUGCUUCUUCAGCUGGGGAUUCCCUGACAACAGCUGUGCCUUUGGAAACUACGCCACAGAGAAGACCUUUGCCGUGUGCGAGAGUUCAUGUGACUGGGGCAUGACGUUGUGCGCGGCCUGUCCUAACCCGACGACCAUCAUCACUGGAGGAACCAGCACUGUGGUGUGUGUGUGGGACAUAGCAGUCACCAAGGACAAACUCACUCACAUGAGACUCAGACAGCCGUUAUACGGUCACACAGACACUGUGACAUGCCUGGCGGUGUCGGAGGUCCACAGCCUGAUUGUAAGUGGCUCCCGUGACCUCACCUGUAUCCUGUGGGAUAUGGAGGAGCUAUGCUACAUCACCCAGUUAGCAGGACACACAACCAGCAUCUGUGCACUGGCCAUCAACGAGCUCACCGGUGAGAUUGCGUCAUGUGCGGGACCUCAGCUCUACCUGUGGACCAUGAAGGGUCAGCUGUUAACCUGCACUGACACUUCCUGUGGUCCAAGGGCAGACAUCCUGUGUGUCAGCUUCACUCAGCGACAGGAGUGGGACAACAGGAAUGUCGUCGUCACUGGCUGUGCAGAUGGCAUCAUACAGAUAUGGAAGACGGAGUACACCAGAACACAAUUACCUGGCCCUCCAGAAGAGCUUGUGUCCCCAGGGCAAGACCAAACGGAGAGAGACGUGAGAAGCUUCCGUCAGGGUGAAUGCUGGGAGAGACGUCUGGUGCCGUGUCGAGAGCUGAGCCGAAGUCAGGCUGUGUCGCAACGCCACUACAAAAACAAUCCAGCCAUCACAGCUCUGACCAUGUCCAGGAGUCACGCUACUCUGUUGGCGGGCGAUGCCUGGGGCAGAGUUUUCACCUGGACCUGUGAGUGAUGGGUGGCUAUGUUUGAGCACAAUUGUGCGUCCAGCCACCAUUUCUGUGCAGCCCCUUUAUCCUCUGAGAGACUUCACCAGUGUCUCAGGUCUGAUACCAGCUGAAAACGAGAGCUCAGCUGUCGAUCAGCUGUGUUUGCAGUCACGGAGAUCAACGUUAUAAUAUUUGAUGCAUUCAAGUCUCAGACGUUGUAGAAUAAUAAUGUUACCUGCUACAUAACUAUUUAAUUCCGUAUUUUUCUUAUGUAAAUAAUGAAUUUGAGCCAAUUUGAAUAAAACUGCCGACCGUUUCUUUAAAUCUUUUCAUGUGUAAUUUUGAUUAUGAUUGAAAUCAGGCUUUUAUUUCCUUUUUUUUUUAAAUUUAUACUUCAUCUGGGUCUCAUGAAGUUGAAACCGAAAGGACAGUACAGUCAGGUGGAUUUGGAUGAGGGAUAUAAUGGAAAGCACUCUAGUAUUCCUCAAUAAAAAAUUGAUUAAAUUAUCCUUUGCCGCUCCAGAACAGCUAACUAGGGGCCACAGCAGAAGCCUGUGAUUGAACUGGAGAACUUUAAGAGAAAGGAGAGAGUGAACUAUGUGAAUGAUGAACAUGAACUCGCAGUUUUCUAAAAGCUUAAGCAGUUCUUUUUCUCACAAAUUUCACAUAAAGCAUUUGGUUUUUAUAAAAACUGAUGCAUGCACUCGUCAGCAUUUCAGUCAUUUGCUUUGGUAAAUUUGGUGUGAACAAUUCGGAAUGUUAGUUGUGAAUAGUUUCUUGCACCUCUUUUUUUGGUCUUCCACAUGUUUUUUAUUUGCUUUGUAAUGUGACAUCCUUGAGUUUUUGACUUGUUUUCAUUUUUUCAAUCCCAGUGUGAUCCGUGAUCAAGUGUUUGUGUGUGUGUGUGGAUGAUAUAAAAUGUGUUCUGUGUUCUUGUUGAGGUAUCCUUUUCUGCUUGACACAGCUUUUUGUGGGCUUGUUCGUGGUAUACCAAGGACAGAUAUGCCACAUCAGACUGUUUUAUCUCUGUAGUUAUUGCAGGGCCUCACCAAUACACACUUGGGUAAUUCUGACCCGUCUGAACAGAUACAGUAUGAUGAAGCUUUUCUAAACAUUGAUUUAAAUCUUUCAGGGGAAACAGACACUGAUGUUCCAAUAAAUAACAGCAUUUUAAAUGA